GUAUGUCGUUUGCGGGAAAUCUCGACCUAUUUUAGUCGCGAGAUUAUUUCUGACUCCGUUCGUUGUCGGCUUGUCGCGCCGGUAUCCCAAAAUCUAAACACAUUAUCGGCCGUCGGUCUAAGCUUUGAACGUUUAUUACGAGAUUAGAUUUACGAAAGACCCCGAUCGCCUCUUCACUCUUCAUUCAUUGUAUUCCGUAAUGUAAACUCGUAAAAUAUGAUGGCAUUUUUAAUUCAACAUUAUUUUAAAGUGCACUACUUAUAAUUUUCAGUGCGCCGAGUGUUAUAUUCAAUCAAAUGUUCCAUUAUAGUUGAAAAUGAUUGUGAAAGUGUUAUUUAUAUUAGUGAUGAUAGUGGCAUGUGUUAUUUCAGAACCACGUUUUACUAUUGGCUGGGGUGGUAGGUAUCAUCGACGGCGUGGGAGGACAAGCGACAGAACUGAUCCAAGCCCUCUGCGACACGUUGGAGAUUCCGCUGAUAACCAUCCAGCAAAAUGAGUUUUAUACGCUGGAUUGGACACUUAUCAACUUAUAUCCAAGUCCUAUAGCGUUUAAUAAUUUGCUGACACAACUGGUGACAAAAAAAGAGUGGAAGGAAUUUACGCUUCUGUACGUUAAGGGAUACAGCAUGUCAAAUGUGUACAAACUGUUAGAGAUGAGCACCCAAGCUGACUUGUUUACUAUCACCGUGAGAGAACUAAGCGGUGAGGAUUACAGAGAUGUUUUGACAGAAGCAAAAGAAAGUGGCUACGUUAAUUUUGUAGUAGAUUGUCCUUCGGCUUACUUGGAACCAAUACUGAGUCAGGCACAGCAAGUUAGUUUAAUGUCUGAUGAACAUUCGUACAUAUUUGUUUCGCCUGACUUGUUUGCUCUGGACUUAAGCCGAUAUAGAUAUGGUGGAGUUAACAUGACUGGAUUUCGAUUAAUAACAUUGAAAAGCAAUAACCGACUAUGGGACUUCACAAGCUCAUUCAAUGCAGAAUCGGCAAAUAUUUUAGAAGCGGAAAACCUUAGGACUGAAGAAAUUCUCAUUUACGACGCUGUAUUGAUGUUAUCGGAUGCAUUGUACAAAGUCAAUGUAACCACACAAGAACUCGAUUGUGAACAGUACGGAUCAUGGGCUUAUGGUUCGACGUUACUUAACUUUAUGAAGACUAGCAAAUCAGAAGGUCUGACGAAAUCAUUGAAUUUUGAUGGAUUCGGGCAAAGAAAUAAAGUGAUCGUUGAUGUCUUAGAAUUGACCCCUGCCGGAAAUCAGUCCAUAGGAACAUGGGAUGGUGACAAACUUAUUAUCUCAAGGUCCAAAAUACUAGCCACUGAAAUAGGAGAAGAAACGAUAAUGAAAAACAAAACGUUCAAGGUUCUCAUUGCUACGACUCCACCAUACGGGUUCAUCAAAGAAUCCAUAUUUAAAUUGGAAGGUAACGACCGCUUUGAAGGCUUUACCAUAGAUCUAAUAGGCAAAUUGGCUGAUAUGUUGGGAUUUAACUACGAGUUCGAAUUGGAAGCGGACUACGGAAAAUUAAACAAUGGAAGUUGGACUGGAAUGAUAUACAAAAUUAGAGAAGAUAAAGCAGAUUUUGCUAUUUGUGAUCUUACUAUUACAAAGGAAAGGCAGAAAGGAAUCGAUUUUUCCACACCAUUUAUGAGUCUGGGUAUCAGUAUACUUUACAAGGAACCUAGCAAACAACCUCCAGAAAUGUUUUCCUUUAUGGCAGUAUUUUCUAAAGAGGUUUGGUACUAUAUGGUGCUUGUACAACUCGGGCUUGGAGUUCUCAUGAUAUUUGUUGGUCGUAUUUCGAAUAAGGAAUGGCAGAACCCCGUGCCUUGUGUAGAGCAACCCGAGGAGUUAAGCAACCAGUUCAGUUUGGCCAAUUCAGUUUGGCUCAUCAUCGGUUCUGUCAUGCAACAGGGAUCAGAAAUCGCCCCCAUCGCACUAGCCCCACGCAUCAUAACCAGUGUUUGGUGGUUCUUCACAAUGGUCAUGGUCGCCUCUUAUGUGGGGACACUGGUCGCCUUUCUAAUAGUAGAGAAAAAUGUAAUGCCAUUUCAAACAGUUGACGAACUGUACGAGCAAAAACAUAUAGCUUACGGUGCUAAAGAAAAUGGAUCUACCGUUGAUUUUUUCAAGUACUCCACGAAUCCAAAAUAUAACGAAAUGCACGCUACAAUGAAACGUAGAGGCUGGAUUGUGUCAAACAAUGACAUUGGAGUGGAAAAGACAGAGAAAGGGAACUUUGCAUUUUUUAUGGAAUCCACAUCUAUUGAAUAUACUAAGGAGAGACAUUGUGAUUUAAUCCAAGUGGGCGAACUGCUCGAUUCUAAAAAUUACGGCAUUGGUAUGAAAAAAAAGUCACCGUACAAAAGAUAUAUUGACAGUGCACUACUAAAACUAAAAGAGAGCGGUGAAAUACAAAAACUAAAAGAAAUUUGGUGGAAAGAAAAAAGAGAUGGUGGCAAAUGUGGUAAAAAACAAGACAAAGAGCAAAAGCAGCUAGGAAUGAAGAAUAUGUUGGGAGCUUUUGUGGUGCUUGGUGUCGGAUGUCCUAUUGGUCUGGUGAUCGCCAUAAUUGACAUGAUGUGGGGAGUGUUUAAGCGUUCGGUCAAAUACAAUACAACUUUCAAGUACGAGCUAAUAGAAGAAUUGAAAUUCGCACUUAAAUUCAGCGGUGACAUUAAACCAGUGAAGCGACCACAAAGAGAAGCAAGUGAGGAUGCAGAAAAGGUGGAUUUAGAGAGAAAGGAUGAGCUUAUGUCAUUACGUUCGCUACGAUCAGAAAGGUCCUCUGACACUCACAGAACUCAUCACUCUCAUGGCAGCUCAAGACACUCACCCAUGAGUAUAGCGUUUGCUAGAAGACGCGAAUAUUCGUGAUUAAUAAAUACAUUGUUUCUUUUGUAUAAUUGUUGUUUUAACGACUAUUUUCCAUUAAGCAACCAAAAAAGUAACGUUACCUUC